UUAAGAUACUAACUUGACUAAGGUCCUGCUACAAAAACCUUUGAUUUAGUCAAUAAAUGUAUCAAAGAGAGCGCUGUGGCAGUUGGCAAAUCUGCGUUUUUCGUUUUUGUAUUUAAAUAGUAGAAAAAUUGUUAUUUUGACCAACCUAAACCUCCCUAUAUAUUCUUAGUAUCCUUAAUAAAGUAUCCUUUGUAGCAAAGUUUGCUACCACUUAACUAUCAGCUUAAAUACUUAUUUUCCAUUAAAUUAGCUAAAUCUUACAUUGACGACCCAGAAGCAAAUUACUUCAUAUUAUGUAAAAGCACCUUUAACUCAGUUUUUUGUAAACAUGCCAACAUGUCAUUGUCACAAUAAAAAUUAAAUAGCCCCGUGCGUGCAAAUCAAACAAAAUACCAUAAUAUAAUUGCGAUUUGCGAUAAAAUCCUUGAAAAAAACCUUUUUUGCCCCCAUAAAUGUGCCGUACUGUACCCGCGUGUGAUCUAAAUUACACCUGUGUUAGAUAAAACUCUAAAGUAUAGCCAAAAGAUGUCUGGAGAAAAUCCGAAAAGUGGAGCCCACCCCCCUGUAAAGAUAGGUCAUUACAUUUUGGGCGAGACCUUGGGGGUGGGCACCUUCGGCAAGGUGAAAAUCGGCGAGCAUCAAUUAACGAGACACAAGGUGGCAGUGAAAAUAUUAAACAGACAAAAAAUCAAGAGCCUUGAUGUGGUUAGUAAAAUCAGGCGAGAGAUUCAGAAUCUGAAACUAUUUAGGCACCCUCAUAUCAUUAAGUUGUAUCAAGUAAUCAGCACCCCAACUGAUAUAUUUAUGAUCAUGGAAUAUGUGUCUGGAGGAGAGUUGUUUGAAUAUAUUGUGAACCAUGGAAAAUUGCAGGAACAUGAGGCAAGGAGAUUUUUCCAGCAGAUUAUAUCAGGAGUAGACUACUGUCACAGACACAUGAUUGUACACAGAGAUUUGAAACCUGAAAAUCUAUUGCUUGACCAUAAUAUGCAUGUGAAAAUUGCAGAUUUUGGGCUUUCCAACAUGAUGAUGGAUGGAGAAUUUUUAAGAACCAGUUGUGGCUCUCCGAACUAUGCUGCUCCAGAAGUUAUUUCCGGCAAACUCUAUGCUGGCCCUGAGGUAGACAUUUGGUCCUGCGGAGUAAUCCUUUAUGCGCUGCUAUGCGGUACACUACCAUUUGACGACGAACACGUCCCCACCUUGUUUAGAAAAAUCAAGUCCGGCAUAUUUCCAAUUCCUGAUUACUUAAACAAAUCGGUGGUCAGUUUGCUAUGUCAAAUGUUGCAAAUUGAUCCUAUGAAAAGGGCCUCCAUAGAAGACAUCAAGAAACACGAAUGGUUCCAGGUUGAUUGUCCCGCAUAUCUAUUUCCAUCACCCAUCGAGCAGGAUUCAUCGGUUAUCGAUAUCGAUGCCAUUCGUGAAGUUUGCGAAAAAUUCGGAGUACAAGAGCAAGAAGUACAUUCGGCUCUUCUUAGUGGAGAUCCUCACGACCAACUGGCAAUCGCCUAUCAUUUAAUCAUCGACAACAAAAGGAUCGCCGAUGAAGCAGCCAAGGCUGAAAUAAAAGAUUUUUAUGUGGCAUGUAGUCCGCCUCCGGUGAGUGUUACCCCGGUACCUCCCGAAUCCAGUACUCUUAAACCACAUCCAGAAAGGAUUGCACCAUUAAGGGACAGGGUUGCCGCUGCAAAUCAUGCGGCUUCCACGGGCGAUAGGAGUAGGGUUAAAAGGGCAAAAUGGCAUUUGGGGAUUCGUUCACAGAGCAAACCGAAUGAUAUUAUGAUGGAGGUUUAUCGCGCCAUGAAGGCUUUAGAUUAUGAAUGGAAGGUUAUUAAUCCUUAUCACGUGAGGGUCAGGCAUCUAAACAAGUUGCAUAACAGAUAUAUUAUGAUGUCUUUACAAUUGUAUCAGGUGGACUACAAAAGUUAUUUGCUCGACUUUAAAAGCCUAAGCAACGAGGAUGCCGAAUCCCAAAAUGGCAUCCCAACAUCAUUAAUCCUGGAUAAUGUGACACCAGUCCAACAAGGAAAUGCCUUGUCACCUGUUAAACCUAGCGGCCAUCAUACCAUGGAGUUCUUUGAGAUGUGCGCUGCCCUUAUUAUUCAGCUUGCUCGUUAAGUUUUUUUUUCUUGGUAGUAUUUAUAGAUGCUGUGGUAUUUUAGUUUUUAGGUCUUGUAUAUAAUUUUAUUCAUAUUAAGUUAAAACUAUAGAAAUAUGGAUGUAUUUAUAUUUGGGAAUUAAUUCAAUACAUGCAAAAAGAUGAUGUAAUUGACAACAAAACAUAUUCAAUUAUAACAAUUUGAAUAACGUUUUGUUGUCUAUUUACGCUUUGGUUCAGCCAUUUUUUCUUAAAUUUUUUGUUUAUGUAGUUGGUUUAAAAUGUUAGUUAUAAAUAUAUUUCUAUAUUUCAAAAAAAAAACAUGUCCAAUAAAAACCUGUCCUUAUUCUCA